GAUAAAUCCACUGGAAUGACAGAGAAUUCAAGUGGUUAAAUUGAGUUAAAUGUUUCUCUGCAGAUGGAAUGCAUACCAUUCCUCAAGUGGCUCAACAGAUUAACCAGGAGCAAAACCAACAGCAAAAUGGACCAAACUUCUCAAGUUUGCGCAGUUCCUUACCUGCUCCACACAGCAGGAACCCAGCUUUUCUUCAGCAGGUACAGACAGCAGGCUGUGAUAUGGAGCAUGUGCCUUUGGUCCCAGCUCCAGUUCCUGUACAACAACAGGAAAAUGAAAUUCUGCAGCAAAUAACAGCACUGAGGAAAGAAGGUUUAUGGUCUCUGAAACGUCUGCCCAAACUCCAAGAGGCCCCACGGCACAAAUCACACCAUGAUUAUCUUUUGGAAGAAAUGCAGUGGAUGGCAACUGAUUUUGUUCAAGAAAGAAGGUGGAAGAUGAUAACUGCCAAGAGACUGAUUUUAAGUGUGGCUCGUCAUCACGAGGAUAUGAUACUUCAUGAGGAAACAUGCAAAAAAAGAGAAGAGAAGAAACUGAGAGCUGUUGCUGCUUUUACUGCCAGAGAAAUUGAACAUUUCUGGUCUACCAUUAAACAGGUGGUAGAUUUAAAACUGCAAGUAGAGUUAGAAGACAGGAGGAAGAAAGCGUUGAACUCACAGAAUGUUUCAAAAAAAGAAAUAAGAGACUCGUUGAAUAGGAAAGAGAGCCUUCAGAAGGAAGUGGUGCUUCCAGAUCUUCUCACACCUACUGUACAGAAAUACAUGGCAGAUUUAGCAGAGAUUGCUGCUGCUGCAAAAGCGUUGUUACCCAAAGGCAGUGCUCAGAUCACAGCAGUAGUAAAAAGUGAUACUCCAGCCUUACUAUGCGGCACUCUCAGAGAUUAUCAGAAGACUGGACUGGAGUGGUUGGCAAAGCUGUACAAGAUGAAUCUCAAUGGUAUUCUGGCUGAUGAAGCUGGACUUGGAAAAACAGUGCAAGUUGUUGCUUUUUUUGCACACCUGGCAUGUAAUGAAGGUAACUCAGGUCCUAUUCUUGUUGUUUCACGAGACUUUAAUGUGCUGAAGUGGGAGACUGAACUGAAAUGCUGGUGUCCUGCUUUGAAAAUUCUCCUGUAUCUUGGGAACCCACAAGAACUUUGUAAAAAAAGACAGGAAUGGACUGACUCCAAUGACUUUAAUGUAUGUAUUGCCUCCUGCAAGCAAUUCUUCAAAGACUAUGAAGCAUUCAUGAAAGUACAAUGGAGGUACCUGGUUCUAGAUGAGAGGCAGAAUGGUAAUAAUCUGACAGAGAAGCACUGGGAUGCAAUACUCAAUCUCCGGAGUUGCCAUCGUUUGCUGUUGAUGGAUACACCUCUGCCUACUGCCUUAAAAGAUCUGUGGGCCAUUGCCUGCUUCCUGAUUGCUGGGAUUUCCCAAUCCUAUCUGGAUUUUAUGAAGGUAGCAUCUGUGGAGGGGAGUGAAGAUCAUUGCCAGAGAGUGGCAAUGAGACUACAGAGGGUACUGCAGUCAUUUAUUUUGCGGAGGUCCAAAAUUCAAGUUGAGAAGCAGUUGCCAAGGAAAUACGAGCAUGUGCUGACAUGUGCUCUUUCUAAUCGGCAGAAGUCAAUGUAUAAAGACAUCUUGUCUCAACCAAGGACUCAAGAAUGUCUUAGAAGUGGGCACUUCAUCAGUGUCCUCCAUAUUCUGAUGCAGCUGCUGAGGGUGUGCAACCAUCCUGCUCUGCUCAGUCCCCGGCUGCCGAGUUCUUCGCUUGCAUUAGACCCGCUGGAGUUCAGCACUGCUUCUCUGGUGCUGAGUGCCUUAGAGUGGGACCUUUGGAAGCGUGCAGACUGGUCUCUCUUUGAUGUGAUUGGGAUGGAAAACCAAAUGACUUGCUACGAAGCACAAAUACUGCCAAAACUGAAGGUAACCAGGAAGCUUAUUGAAGAAAUCUACUGUUCUCCUUCGUCACCCAGACUUGAGGCAGUGAAGCUCACACCAAAUAGGUUAUUUACACCAGUGCAGUAUGGACAGAAACCCGAAGGUAGGACUAGGGACUUCUCAAGGUCUCAGUUGCAGCAGACACUGGACACAACAACAGUUAUGGCAGAUCAUCACGAGAAAACACCCAGCAAGAUAGUAGUCGGCCCGAUGGCUUCCAUAGCUGGAGCACAAGUGAGAGGUGCUCAGCCAGAGAAGUCUGUAACAUUACAGUUUAGAGGGAAAACAUUUACUUUGUCUUACAGUCAAUUUUGUCGGCUUAUUGGUGACCAGUCUCUGAAGCAUCAAGGCUAA